AUGUCAUCUCAAAAGAGAGUGAAGGACUCUCAGGCUCAAAAGAGGACUUCACAAGGUAGUGAUACUUAUGAGACUAAUCUCCUGGCUGGGGAAGAAAAAGAGGACCUGAAUGACUCAAAGCGCAGCUUGAAACAUGGACAAGACAAUAUAGCGGAGGAUUAUGGACAUGCUGAUGAUCAAGGAGAAGAUGCUCUGCAAAUAGCAGUGAGAUACUUUGAGAAAGGUCCUAUUAAAACUUCACAGAGUAAAGAUAAAAUCUUGGAAAAACACUUGAAAACUGUGGAAAAUGUGGCUUGGAAGAAUGGGUUAGCUCCAGAAGGAAUUGACAUUCUCUUAAAUGUGGCACUCAGUGGCAAAUUUGGGAGUGCUGUAAACACUCGGAUAUUGAAGUGUAUGAUUCCAACAACUCUAAUACCAGAAGAUUCUGUGGUUAAGGCGGUCUCCUGGCUUUGUGUUGGCAAGUGUUCUGGUAGCACCAAGGUACUUUUUUAUCGUUGGCUGGUUGCAAUGUUUGACUUCAUUGAUCACAAGGAUCAAAUUAACUUGCUCUAUGGCUUCUUUUUUGCUUCAUUGCAAGAUGACGCACUGUGCCCUUAUGUCUGCCAUUUGUUAUAUUUACUUACCAGAAAAGAGAAUGUUAAACCAUUUCGCGUGAGAAAACUGCUUGAUCUUCAGGCCAAAAUGGGAAUGCAGCCUCAUCUCCAGGCUUUAUUGUCACUGUAUAAGUUCUUUGCUCCUACUUUGAUUUCUGUAUCUUUGCCUGCAAGGAAGAAGAUCUAUUUUAAGAAUUCAGAGAAUCUGUGGAAGGCAGCUCUAUUUGCUGUGAGGCAAAGGAAUCAGGGACCUCCUCCUGAACCUCUAAAGUUGAUGUUAGGUCCAGCUCAGGUCCAUCCUGUAAAAAGAAAAUGGAAUUCUUGCUCAGUUAUACCAGUGCUAAAUUCUAGUAGCUGCAGUAAAGAAUGCGGGAAAAAAGGGAUGACUCUUUCUGAUUAUCUCAGUAGCAAUGGAUCGUUUCCACUAGAACAGCUUAAAAGCUUCCCUCAACUCUUACAGAACAUCCACUGCUUAGAGCUGCCUUCCCAGAUGGGUGCAGUGUUGAACAACUCUCUGUUACUUCACUAUAUUAACUGUGUCAAAGACGAGUCUAUCUUACUGAGACUCUAUCACUGGUUGAGUCAAACAUUACAAGAAGAGUGUAUUUGGUACAAGAUGAAUAAUUAUGAACAUGGAAAAGAAUUUACCAACUUCCUGGACACUAUCAUCAGGGCAGAGUGCUUCUUACAAGAGGGGUUUUAUUCCUGUGAAACAUUCCUGUACAAGAGCCUUCCUCUCUGGGAUGGCUUCUGUUGUCGAUCACAGUUCCUUCAACUUGUGAGCUGGAUUCCUUUUAGUAGCUUCUCUGAGCUGAAACCACUUCUUUUUGACCAUCUAGCACAGCUCUUCUUUACAUCAACCAUUUAUUUCAAGUGUAGUGUUCUCCAGAGUCUGAAAGAACUACUGCAGAAUUGGCUGUUGUGGCUUUCUGCAGACAUCCACAUGAAACCUGUGAUGAACAGUCCUCUAGAGACAACUUUAGGUGGAUCCAUGAACUCUGUGUCUGAACUGAUUCAGUACGUGGGGCGGCUGUCCACUACUGCAAUGCGCUUGGAAAACAACAGUACUUUCUUACUGCACUUUAUUUUGGAUUUCUAUGAGAAGGUGUGUGACAUAUAUAUAAAUUACAACCUUCCAUUAGUGGUGUUGUUUCCUCUGGGGAUCUUCUAUUCUGCUCUUCUCAGCCUAGAUUCCAGUAUCCUGAACCAGCUAUGUUAUAUCAUGCACAGGUAUCGUAACAAUUUGACUGCUGCCAAGAAAAAUGAGUUGGUACAAAAGACAAAAUCAGAGUUCAAUUUUAGCAGCAAGACCUAUCAAGAAUUUAAUCACUAUUUGACAGCCAUGGUUGGUUGCCUGUGGACAUCCAAACCUUUCCAGAAAGGAUUAUAUAUUGACCCUGAAGUCUUAGAAAAAACUGGAAUAGCAGAGUAUAAAAACAGUUUAAAUUUAGUUCAUCACCCUGCUCUAUUGAAUUAUGCUGUUUCCUUUCUGCUACAGGAAUGGCCAGAAGAAAGGACAGUAAGCAUGAGCUCUAUUCGGGGAAAGAAAUGGAACUGGUAUUUGGACUAUUUAUUUUCAGAGGGGUUACAAGGCUUGAAACUUUUCAUAAGAAGUAGUAUUCAUCAUUCUUCUGUCCCCUGAUCAGAGAGCAUAAACCACAGCAUCAGCAUUAAGUGAAUUUUGACUGAAACGAACUGACCAUACCGGACUAAAUUCUUUUCCUUGUUGCUAGAGAGGCCAAGUGGUUCAACUUGAGUUUCCAUAAUCUUUUCAUCAACAGACUGCCAUCCUCAGGGAGUACCUGGACUGGCCUUCUGUGCAUUGUCCAGGAGAGCCUCAGUGUGGCUAACUUUAUUUUUCAGGAUCUAAAUUCUUUAGCCCACUAGUAAAAAAUGACUUCAUCAUCAGGCUCUGCCUUCCACCGAAUUAUACAUAGAUACAUCUGUUAUGUGACAGGAUAUUUCACAUUCUUGUGGACUGUAAGUUGCAUUGAUGGAAGAGAGCAGGUAAUAUAUAGUGGCAUUUAAGCCACAGACAUACUCUUGCAAAGUGCCCUGCCUCUGAAACCUCUGGGAAUAUUGCCAUUUUCCUUAUUGUGAACAACAAUGUCAGCAUCAAGUUAACAGGAUAUAACAUUUCUUUUUUUUUUUUCUAACUCUAACUAGUUGGUAGCUUCCUGGGCCUUCACUGGUAGCAAUUUGAUAAGAGAAGGAAGUGGAAAGGAUUGUGGGAUAAUCUAAAAUGUUCCUAUUUAUUCCAGUUUGAUUUCACAAAACUAUACUAUUUUGUGUGUGUAUGUGUAUGUUAUAUAUAUCCCAUUUUUAAGUGGUCAGGCCCAAAUAAACAGACUUUAUUUUCAGCGAUAAUUCUGAAGCUUUAAAAAAAAAAUUAUAAUAGCUAGAAUAUCUUGCUGAAAAUUCAGCCUCACUACUAUUGAGUAACUUUUCCCCCUUUUAAUAAAAUUCAUAUCAUUUGAGAGAAAUUAAGCUAAGUUUACUUUUGUUUUUAAGGGCACAUUCCUUGUGGGUUUUUUUUUUCCUUUAAAGCAAAACAAAACUCUGUA